CGUAACAUAUUUUUGGUGCUUUUCAUUGAAACACAUUGAAUGUGUAAAUUUUUCGAUAAAAAUACCAAAAAUCAUUAAUUAAACUUAAAAUUUAAGUAAUAUAUUUAAUAAACAAUAUGUUGCGUGCUCCCGCGGGUAUUUUACAGCGUUUAGCUUUAAAUGAAAGCAAGACUGGGCAAUCUGGUUUUGCUUUGGAAUUUGUAAGAUGGAGACGUAAGCCCCGUUGGUUGCCCACUGCAAAAUCUAAAUUGUUUCGUGUACCUGAAAGAAAACAACAAACUCCUGAGGAAAAAGCCGAAUUAAUGCGUUUGCAUAAUAACUACAAAACACAACUACGUUCGGUACGCCAAUAUUUAAGAGAAGAAAAUCAACGUUUGGAUGAAACCUCUACAGCCGGUCAUUUUGUUUUAACAGCGGAACAAGAAGAAGCUGAAUUCCAGCGCUGUUUACAGGAGAAUGAAAAAUGGAAUCAAGAAAUUGCCCAAAUUAGAGAGCAGCGUUUGGCCAAGGAAAAACAAGAAAAGGCGGAAUAUAUUAAGGAACGUUUGCGUCUAGCCAAAGAACGUGAGGAAGAGAGAAUGGAACAAAUAGAGGCCUUAGUUAAAAAGCAAAAGGAAUUAUCCAAAACCUUUAUUACCCGUGAAAAUCUUGAGACAGCCAUCGAGCAAGCUUUGGCCAAUCCCGUUGACUAUAACUUCUCCAUAGACUUACAUGGCAAUAUGUACCAAGGGCGCACCAAUACACCCGGCAAUACUUCGGGAGGUGGGCAAAAUCUCCAGACACUUUCCGAAGCCGAAGAUCGUCUAGAAGUGCAAAACUAAAGAAGAAAUAUCAGUCUUACGUUUUAGUUUUAAGCCACAAACUAUUGUUUAUUGUUGCAUAUUAAAAAAAGGGUAAAUUUUCUUUUCGUAAAACAAAGGAGCGCAGCGUACAAUAGUAGUCCAUUAUUGUAAAGCUGUAUAUACAAACAUACAUAAGAAAUAAUAAUGUUAAUAAAAUAGAAAAAUCCUAAAUGUGAAACAAA